UAGGAGAGGGUUGAGGAUUGAUUAGAUUUGACGACGGUGGUGUGUGAUUGAAGAAAAGAAUAUUGGUGUAGAGCCGGAAUUUGGAAGAGGGUUGGGGAAUCGAAAUUGAAUGAACAGAAGCUGCGGAGAGUGGUAGGGUUUGUGAUUGUGAUAAAGCGAUGAGUGAGAGUAACGGGAACAGCAGGAGGCUUAAGGAGGAUCAAGAUCUGGGACUGUACUUCUUGGAGGCAUGUCGGCGCAGGGAGAUGAAAGAGAAAGAGAAAGAGAAAGAGGAAGAGGAAGAGGAGGAGGAGGCACCAAGCGAGCUGAACACAAUUAACAGCUCCGGUGGUUUUGUGCUGGUGUCCACAGACAAGCUGUCAGUGAAGUACACCAGCGUCAACCUUCACGGCCACGACGUCGGUGUCAUUCAGGCCAACAAGCCUGCUCCUACCAAACGCCUCAUUUACUAUUUCGAGAUUAACGUCAAAGAUGCCGGCGUUAAGGGCCAGAUUGCCAUCGGCUUCACCUCCGAGACCUUCAAGAUGCGAAGACAACCAGGGUGGGAGGCCAACAGUUGCGGCUAUCACGGUGACGAUGGUUUGCUUUAUCGUGGCCACGGCAAGGGAGAAGCCUUUGGACCAACCUAUACAUCCGGUGAUGUAGUCGGUGCUGGAAUCAACUAUGCCGCACAGGAAUUCUUUUUCACUAAGAAUGGCCAAGUUGUCGGCUCAGUUUACAAAGACAUGAAGGGUCCCCUUUUUCCAACCAUUGCUGUUCAUAGCCAAAAUGAAGAGGUGUAUGUCAACUUUGGGCAGAAACCGUUUACUUUUGACCUAAAGGAAUUUGAAGCACAAGAAAGAAUGAAGCAGCAACUGAAAAUAGAGGAAAUUUCUGUGCCACCAAAUGUCAGUUACGGAAUUGUCCGCUCCUACCUGCUGCACUAUGGCUAUGAAGAUACAUUGAAUUCAUUUGAUGUGGCUAGUAAGAGUACUGUUCCUCCUAUAUACAUAGCUCAAGAAAAUGGAAUUGAUGAGCAGGAAAUAACAUAUGCAUUAAAUCACAGAAAGACUCUGCGGCAGCUAAUCAGGAAUGGGGAGAUUGAUGUUGCAUUUGGUAAACUGCGUGAAUGGUAUCCACAGAUUGUUGAGGAGAAUACAUCAGCUACGUGUUUUCUGCUUCAUUGUCAAAAAUUCAUCGAAUUAGUCCGGGUUGGAGCACUGGAGGAGGCUGUCAAAUAUGGAAGGAUAGAAUUGUCGAGUUUUUUUGGGUUGCCUGUCUUUGAGGAUUUAGUUCAGGACUGUGUUGCUUUGCUGGCAUAUGAGCGACCUUUGGACUCCCCCGUAGGCUAUCUUCUAAAAGACUCGCAGCGUGAAGUUGUAGCUGACACAGUAAAUGCCAUGAUAUUAUUAACAAAUCCCAAUAUGAAGGAAUCAAAACAUUGCUUGCACUCUUAUCUUGAGAGGUUGCUUAGACAGCUCACUGCGUGCUGCUUGGAGAGACGAUCAUUGAAUGGAGAGCAGGGGGAAGCUUUCCAACUUCAGAGAGUGCUUAGCAGUAGUAGAAGAGGCUAAUACCGGGUCACAUUGUCUAUUACUGCUUACGAAUCCCCAGGAUUUGUAACAAUGCCAAAUGAUCAAAUUGAUCUUAGCGUCUCGUAUACUGUGGAGUCCCCCAUCCUUUUACUGCUCGAUGCAUGCUCCUUAGGGGGGUCUCUAUAAUGCACGUAAGCUUGUAUCCUCCUCAUUAAAACAAAGAAAUUGAACAAAGCAAUGAUUUCACGUCCAAAAAUUUGUUAAAAAUAUAUGAACAUGUUCGGAUGCAUGUGCAAAUGUGUAUAUUAUUGUAGUGCAAAUGACUUUCUCCUAAAUUUGAUCAUUCUUUUCUC